AUGGACCGGGAAUGGAGAAGUGAUGAGGAGGAGGAGGAGGAGGAGGAGGAGGAGGAGGAGGAGGAGGAGGAGGAGGAGGAGGAGGAGGAGGAGGAGGAGGAGGAGGAGGAGGAGGAGGAGGAGGAGGAGGAGGAGGAGGAGGAGGAGGAGGAGGAGGAGGAGGAGGAGGAAGAGGAGGAAGCACCAGAGGGAAGGUGUUUCAUCAGGUGCUGCAUCAGCAGUUGCAGCAUCAGACGUUACUCCUCCCCCUCUCCUGCCGUCAUCCACGACAUCUGCUGUAAAACCAUCUCCUCUCUCACCCAUCCCUCCCCCUCUCCUGCCGUCAUCCACGACAUCUGCUGUAAAACCAUCUCCUCUCUCACCCAUCCCUCCCCCUCUCCUGCCAUUCCCCACUACAUCUCUUGUAAAAUCACCCUCCCUCUCACCUCUCCCUCCCCCUCUCCUACCAUCCCCCACUGCAUCUGCUGUAAAACCAUCACCUUUCUCACCCGUCCUCCCCCCUCUCCUUCCUCCACUCACCGUCCCCCACACAGUCCAGCCGCAUUGUCCUCAUUGUUCAACCCAAGCCCCAAAGAAGCAGCGUCCAUCCCUCCUCCCCCCAUCGACCUCCUCCUUCCUAACGCAUCACUGCCCCCACCGUCUACUCCCAACCCCAAAGUACCAACGCCCAAUCCCAGACCCCCCACUCCUCCCCCUAUCGACCUCCUUCUUCCGAGCGGCGAUCGCUGCCGUCGAUUUCCCAAACUCCGCCCCCCUCCCUCUUUUCCCCACUCUUUAUCCUCCUUUCGACCCUCACCAUCCCGGUCGUGCACAAUCAAAGCAGCGUCCAGCCCUCCUCCCCCCAUCGACCUCCUCCUCCCAAGCGGCGACCGCUGCCGUCGAUUUCCCAGACUCCGCCCCCCUCCUGUUCGUCCUAAGCUCCUAUCCUCCCACUCCUCCCCACCACCAACGUUUAAGUAA